AUGACGAGCACGGCGGCGUCGAAGAAGGCGGCGAACCGGCUGGUGGUGGAGGAGGCCGCCACCAACGACGACAACUCCGUGUGCAACCUCCACCCGGCCACAAUGGAGAAGCUCUCCAUAUUCCAGGGCGACAUCGUGCUGCUAAAGGGCAAACGCCGCCACAACACGGUCUGCAUGGCACUGCCCGACGACACCUGCGAGGGGCACAAGCUCAGGAUCAACAAGGUGGCCCGCUCCAACCUGCGCGUGCGCAUCGCCGACGUCGUGUCCGUGCACCUGUGCCACGACGCCAAGUUCGGCAAGCGCGUGCACAUCCUCCCUCUGGACGACACCGUCGAGGGCAUCACGGGCAACCUCUUCGACGCCUACCUCAAGCCCUACUUCGUAGACGCCUUCCGCCCGGUCCACAAGGGCGACCUCUUCCUCGUGCGCGGCGGCAUGCGGAGCGUCGAGUUCAAGGUCAUGGAGAUCGACCCCGCGGCGGACUACUGCGUCGUGGCGCCCGACACGGAGAUAUUCUGCGAGGGCGAGCCCGUCAAGCGGGAGGACGAGGAGAGGCUGGACGAUGUCGGCUACGACGACGUGGGUGGCAUGGGGAAACCGUUGACUCUGAUCAGGGAGCUCGUCGAGUUGCCACUCAGGCAUCCGCAGCUUUUCAAGUCCAUUGGCGUCAAGCCUCCCAAGGGCAUCCUCCUCUACGGCCCUCCCGGGUCGGGCAAGACUCUGAUCGCCCGUGCGGUGGCCAACGAGACCGGGGCCUUCUUCUUCCUCAUCAACGGCCCGGAGAUAAUGUCCAAGAUGGCCGGAGAGAGCGAGAGCAACCUGAGGAAGGCCUUCGAGGAGGCCGAGAAGAACGCGCCCUCCAUCAUCUUCAUCGACGAGAUCGACUCCAUCGCUCCUAACAGGGAGAAGACUCACGGCGAGGUUGAGAGGCGCAUCGUCUCCCAGCUGCUGACUCUGAUGGACGGCAUGAAAGCCCGCGCGCACGUCAUUGUCAUGGGCGCCACAAACCGUCCCAACAGCAUCGACCCCGCCUUGAGGCGCUUCGGGAGGUUCGAUCGUGAGAUCGACAUUGGCGUGCCGGACGAGGUCGGGCGUCUCGAAGUGCUCCGCAUCCAUACCAAGAACAUGAAGCUGGACGAGGACGUCAACCUUGAGGUGGUUGCCAAGGAUACGCACGGCUACGUCGGCGCCGACUUGGCCGCGCUCUGCACUGAGGCGGCGCUGCAGUGCAUCAGGGAGAAGAUGGACGUGAUCGACUUAGAGGACGAUACCAUUGAUGCCGAGAUCUUGAACUCCAUGGCCGUCACCAAUGACCACCUUAAGACGGCUCUCGUCGGCACCAACCCGUCUGCACUACGUGAGACCAUUGUCGAGGUGCCCAACGUCACCUGGAAUGAUAUCGGCGGCCUCGACGGCGUCAAGAGGGAGCUGCAAGAGACCGUUCAGUACCCGGUGGAGCACCCGGAGAAAUUCGAGAAGUUCGGCAUGUCACCGUCCAAGGGCGUCCUCUUCUACGGGCCACCGGGAUGUGGCAAGACCUUGUUGGCGAAGGCGAUCGCCAACGAGUGCCAGGCCAACUUCAUCAGCAUCAAGGGGCCAGAGCUACUUACCAUGUGGUUCGGCGAGAGCGAGGCCAACGUGCGCGAGAUCUUCGACAAGGCGCGUCAGUCUGCGCCGUGCGUGCUCUUCUUCGACGAGCUGGACUCCAUCGCUACCCAAAGGGGCAGCAGAGUGGGCGACGCCGGUGGCGCGGCGGACAGGGUCCUGAACCAGCUGCUCACUGAGAUGGACGGCAUGAACGCCAAGAAGACUGUCUUCAUCAUCGGCGCUACCAAUAGGCCGGACAUAAUUGACUCGGCGUUGCUCCGUCCCGGCCGCCUGGACCAGCUUAUCUACAUCCCCUUGCCGGACGAGGCCUCGCGGCACCAGAUCUUCAAGGCCUGCCUCCGGAAGUCUCCCGUGGCCAAAGACGUCGACCUCGGUGCACUCGCUAGGUUCACCGCCGGCUUCAGCGGCGCCGAUAUCACAGAGAUCUGCCAGAGGGCGUGCAAGUACGCCAUCAGAGAAGACAUUGAAAAGGACAUGGAGAGGCAGAGGAUGGGGAAAGACACCAUGGAGGUGGACGGCGGUCAGGAAGACGAGGUGGCUCAGAUUAAGGCGUCUCACUUCGAGGAGUCGAUGAGGUACGCGAGGCGGAGCGUGAGCGAUGCUGACAUCAGGAAGUACCAGGCGUUCGCGCAGACGCUGCAACAGUCUAGGGGGUUCGGCACCGAGUUCCGCUUCCCAGCGCAGCCACAGGCGGCAGAAGCUGCUGUCCACACCUCCGCGGCAGCUGCUGCUGAUGAGGAUGAAGACGAUCUUUACAAGUGA